AUGAACGGCGGAGCUUGCAGUAACGUAAACUGUGGAGCUUGCAGCGGCGACGGUGGAACUUAUGGAACUGCGAUCGGUCCUCUCUCCGCCUCGGAUCUGCAAUCGGUGUUUGAGUUUGGAGAUAAGUACAGGGGAAAGUAUGACAGUAGUAUAGCAGUGGCAAAGAGUUACUAUCCAUCAACCUUCGGUGGGAUUAGUUGGGCGAUUGCUGAGUUCAGCUGGGACAUUAAGUAUGCAGGUGUUCAAGUAAUUGCUUCAAUGUUGAUGGAGGAAGCAGAAACCAAAGAGCACAAAACUGUACUUGAACAGUAUCGAUCGAAAGCUGAACAUUAUCUAUGUGCAUGCCUUAACAAAAACCACAAACUCAAUGUUGCUCGCACACCAGGAGGUCUCUUAUAUGUUCGUCAAUGGAACAACAUGCAGUAUGUAUCGACGGCGACGUUCCUUCUCGCCGUUUACGCAGACCAUUUACAUAGCUUAAAUCAGAAACUAUAUUGCCAAAGAGGAGUAGUGGAACCUCAAGAAAUGGUCACAUUUGCAAAAUCUCAGGUGGAUUACAGAUUAGGUUCGAACCCAAUGGGGAUAAGCUAUUUAGUAGGUUUUGGAUCAAAGUAUCCACAGAGAGUACACCAUAGAGACUCAUCAAUUGUAUCUUACAGGAAGAACAAAGAGUUCAUAGGUUGCACACAAGGGUAUAAUAAUUGGUAUGGUAGGAAAGAACCAAAUCCUAAUGUCUUAGUUGGGGCCUUAGUUGGUGGUCCUGAUUCUCAAGAUCAUUUCUGGGACAAACGUGGUGAUUACAAGCAGUCUGAAGCUUGCAUCUAUAAUACUGCUCCAUUGGUUGGAAUUUUUGCAAAACUGCAUCACUUAGAGAUAAACUUAUCUGGUAGCUAGUCAACAAUUUCUUCUUUAUAGAUUUCUUGUUUCAAUCAGAUCACAAUAAAAUGAAAUGUGGAGAGAUAUUUGAAGCA